AUGCGCAUCCGAUUGCCAUUUGCAGGCGUCUUCUUCCUGCUCUGCCUCCUCGCAGGGUACGUCGGCCUCUCGUCCCUGCAGCUCGGCGCAUAUGUCAACGACAAGGUGCUGCACUUCCUGACCUUCUUCAUCCUCACCAUCGUCUUCUACUGGAUCAUCGACACCAACCGCCGCCGCACCCUCAACCUGACCCUCGUCGUCUGCACCCUGGUCGGCGGCGUCGGCUCCGAGUUCGUCCAGGGCUGGCUGCCCAACGGCCGCGAGUUUGACCUCUAUGACAUCGUCGCCAACGUCGCCGGCAGCCUCGGCGCCCUCGGCCUGUGCUCCUGGUACCACAAGCGCAUGCUGGAGAGGAAGAGGGGCCGCAGGACAUACGAUGCGGUGCCCGGCGAGGACGAGGCCGACCUGGAGCUAGGGGAGGAGGUCGGCGCCCACGAGGAGGGCGUCAUGUCGGCCGCGGGCAACGAGAGGUCGACGACCUUGGAGGAAGAGGUCGACAACUGGGACGAGAACGCUGUGGACGCCUGGGACGAGGAGGACGGCGAUGGCGACAUCGGGGCCUCGUCCAGCAAACCCAAGGAGACCGAGCACAAUGGGGUUGAUGCCGCAGAUGCGAAGAAACGAGUGGACUGA